AUGGCUACCGCGGCGCAUAGUCCUACAUCUCAAACCACGAACGGCGACAGCCACGAUCUGCCCCCACCCGCACCCGCUGCAAAGAAAGGCAAGGGAAAGAAGGACAAGCAACUCAGCGCCGAGGAAAAUGCAAAACUGGUGCAAGCGCGGCUAUCACAGCUGGAGCAGGAGAAGGCAGGCGAUAAAGCCCAGCAGGCGGAGAUUGACCGCGAAGUGAAGAAAGCCAUUCGUGACCUCAAUGACUUGAUCAACGGUGUCGAACCCCUGAAGGGGAUCGACCUUGUCAAACAGAAAUAUGAAGAGCUCCUUGCUGAAAUGAAAAAGACCGAGCGCGAGCACCUCAAAGCCAAAAAGAGUCGCGAUCAGUACCAGAAGGAAGCCGAGAAAUCCAAGUCGGAGCACAACAAGACCACCACGAUGAAGGACAAGUUGGAAAAGCUGUGCAGAGAAUUGACAAAAGAGAACAAAAAGCUCAAAGAUGACAACAAGAAGCUUGAAGAGACAGAAAAACAGGCCCGAGAAAGCAUCAAUGAACGUCUAGACCAGAUGCUUUAUGACGUGCAGGAAGCCAUGAACUCCAAGACCAGCUCACAUCCCGAGAACCUUCACCUUGAGCUCGACGAGUUAUUCAGGACACGAUGCAAGGUCUUAGCAGAUCAAGCCGAAAUCCGAGAAAUGCAUUUCAAAUCAAUACUUCGCCACAAAGAUGCCGAGAUUGCCCAUCUGCAAGCCAAACACGAGGUCGAACGCCGACGGGCCGACACUGAAGCAGCUCGGUGUAGGACUCUGACGGGUCAAGUGUCGACCUUCUCUCAUACUGAAGCGGAGCUUCGCAGCCAAUUGAACAUUUACGUGGAGAAAUUCAAGCAGGUGGAAGACACCCUCAACAACAGCAACGAGCUAUUCCUCACCUUUCGAAAAGAAAUGGAGGAGAUGUCCAAGAAAACGAAGCGGCUCGAAAAAGAAAAUCUCACGCUCACGCGCAAGCAUGAUCAGACCAAUCGAAACAUCUUGGAAAUGGCCGAGGAACGCACGAGGGACAAGGAGGACCUGGAGAGGUUAAGAAAGCAGGAGCAGCGGAUGCGCAACAUCAUCAAGAUCAUGCAGGAACAGGGGCGAGGUCGGCCGAUCCAACAAGAGCCGGUGGACGAAGAAGGCACCGAGAGCGAGUACGACGAAGAGUACGAGGACGAGGACGACGAUGAUGAAGCGAGUUAUGAGGCAGAAGAAGAGUUGGCGACUGAAAUCGCAAAGCCUGUGUUCGGACCAGUGCCUCCGCCAGAAAUGGUCGCGUCCAAGGCUAAUGGCCAAAAGGCGGCGGCGGCGCUCGUCAAUGGGAUCCAGCAUUAA